ACUUCUCGUUUCACAACUCUUGAGCCGUUUUAUCAUUCAAGCAUUACAUCCACAUACAAUCCUCCACUUUGGUACGAUGCUAUCAUCGAACCAGCAUUGCAGGGCCUUGCUGGCUUUACCCUUCGCACUCCAGGAUUCCAUCUCGGUCAAGUAGAAGAGAUGCCCAGAAUGGCAUCAUCAGCAUCCGCACACAAGUCAAGAUGUCGACUGACAAGAUCACAUUCUUGACCAAUUGGCACGCUACGCCAUACCACGCCCCUCUGUAUCUCGCACAGAGUCUGGGAUACUUCAAAGACGAAGGCAUCAAGGUUGCUCUCCUGGAGCCCAAUGACCCAAGCGAUGUUACUGAGAUCAUUGGCUCCGGCAAAGUCGAUCUCGGCUUCAAGGCCAUGAUUCACACCCUCGCUGCAGCCGCUCGCGGCUUUCCAGUCCAGUCCAUCGGCUCUCUACUCAACGAGCCUUUCACAGGCGUUGUAUACUUGACCUCUUCUGGGAUCACCCCUGACUUUACUACCCUCAAAGGAAAGAAGAUUGGCUAUGUUGGCGAGUUUGGCAAGAUCCAGUUGGAUGAACUCACUGCGCACUAUGGUAUGUCGCCCGACGACUACCAGGCUGUACGUGUCGGUAUGAACGUUACACGCUCCAUCAUCACCGGAGAGAUUGACGCCGGCAUUGGAUUGGAGAAUGUACAGAUGGUGGAGCUCGAGGAGUGGCUUGUCAGUCAAAACCGCUCGCGCGACGAAGUCAAGAUGUUGCGUAUCGAUGAGCUCGCUCAGCUUGGAUGCUGCUGCUUUUGCAGCAUCUUAUACAUUGGAAACAAUACCUUCAUCGAGAAGAGCCCAGAGAAAGUCCGCGCCUUCCUCCGCGCCUGCAAGCGCGCAACGGACUUCGUUCUUGCUUCUCCCGACGAAGCCUGGGACAUGUUCUGCAACUUCAAGUCUGCCAUGAACACUCCAGUCAACCGCAAGAUCUUCGAGCGCAGCUUUGCGUACUUCAGCCCUGAUUUGCAGAAUGUCAAGCGUGACUGGGAGAAAGUAACGCGUUAUGGCAAGAGGCUUGGUGUGCUGGAUGACGGAUUCACUCCAAACUAUACGAAUGAGUACUUGGCGUGGGGCCUGGAGCAGGAGGCUGAUGAUCCGACAGGCGACCAGAAGAGAAUGGUGGUUUUGCAGGAGGGUGUUAAGCAGCAUGGUGGGUUCAAGCGUCUUGAGACCAUGUCCAGCAAGACUGUCGUUCACCCGGGUGUCAUAAAAUACUGGACAUACUAG